AUUCGGCUGCUAUGACGUCCGUGUGACGGGGGGCGACUCGGUCGGUCUGCGUUAGUAUGUGUCAUGCGUCCCGAGUGCGAGGAUCAGGCGUAAUGACGGCCAGAGUGCGGCUUAAGAUGCACCGCGCCGCGUUGUUUGUCGUGUUUCUAGUGCUCGUUGUGGACUCAGUGAGUGGGAUGUUCGAGCACCGUCAAUGCAGCCACCGACACCCGAAAGCGCACGAGGUUGUUCACGGCGUCCACGUUGAUCCAGUCCACGAAGUCAAGAAGCGCAGCAUCAGUCAACCACUCAGGAUCCUGCUUUGGUACGACCAGAGCGUCUAUAGGCUGGACGACGAGAAGUUGGACCUGAUAAACAACACCAUUCUUCCCGAGGCCGUCCAUUUUUGGGAAAGAGCGCUGAUGGUCCGAGAGACGAAAAACACGAUUCGUCUAAAUCGGAAAUGCGAGAGCAAUCAAGUCUUCGUCAAGAAUCAGCACACCUACUGCAUCGACACGUGUCGGACCGAGACGGUUUGCGGCGAAGUCGUCGUCCCUCCUGAGCAUCUCGACGUUUGCAGAACGUGCAAUGCGACCGGUCACGACUGCGGAGUUGCCGAGGGAAGCAAAGCCGGCGCAGGAAUCGACGGUUCCGAUUUUGUGUUUUACGUAUCAGCGAUGCAGACGGAAAGAUGUCACAAGGGGCUGACAGUCGCCUACGCAGCUCAUUGCCAACAGGAAGCGGCCUUGGACAGGCCAAUAGCGGGUCACGCCAAUCUCUGUCCCGGCAGCAUCAGCACGAAGCCUCAAGAACUCGAGACGCUCCUGAGUACCGUUAAGCACGAGAUCCUUCACGCUCUGGGCUUCUCCGUCAGCCUUUACGCCUUUUACAGGGAUGAAAAUGGCGAACCCCGCACCCCGCGGCGAACCGAGACUGGAAAACCGACGCUAAACGAGAAGCUCCAAACUCACCAGUGGAGCGAAAAUACGAUCAAGACGAUCAGCAGGCCCGGGUGGCAGGUUCAUGGGGGCUCGGUAGAAAGACACAUGCAGAUGAUCGUGACCCCAAACGUACAGAAGGAAGUGAGGCGACAUUUUAACUGCGACAAGCUCGAGGGCGCCGAGCUGGAGGACCAGGGCGAGGAUGGAACGGCGCUCACACACUGGGAGAAGCGGGUUUUCGAGAACGAGGCGAUGACGGGCACUCACACCCAGAAUCCCGUCUACUCUCGUAUUACUUUGGCCCUAAUGGAGGACACGGGGUGGUACAGCGCUAAUUACUCCAUGGCCCAGGAACUCGGCUGGGGGAGGAAUCUCGGGUGCAAUUUUGCGAUGAAAUCUUGCAAGGAGUGGAUAUCGACAAAGUUGUCCCACUUCCCGGAUAAGAAGGGAAAAUCCAUUCAUCCGUUCUGCAACAAGGUGAAACGUGAUCCGCUCCAUACCGAGUGCACGGACGACAGAAGCUCCGUCGCACUCUGCAAUCUCAUCGAGCAUCCACGACCACUGCCAAAAAAAUAUCAGAACUUUGACUCGAUACCGCACGUUCCAUCGGGUAGGGAAGAAUACUACGGUGGUUCCGUAUCCUUGGCUGACUACUGUCCUUACAUCCAGGAAUUCACGUGGAAGGCGAGGAACAUCGUUGUCAGAGGGUCGCAUUGCCUAUACGAGGAAAACAAUCCGAUCUUGGACAAGAAUUUUGCCGUCGAGAAGUACGGGCCUCAGUCGAGAUGCUUUGAUAACGCAGAUCAGAUGUGGGAGGAGAGAAAUUGCAAGCAGGCGAGACAGUGGCAGCAUUGGGGGUCCGGCUGCUAUCAGUACAAAUGCGAGCUUGGGAGAUUGCACAUCGUGGUUGGAAACUACACAUUCACGUGUUUCCAUUCCGGUCAAGAAAUCGCGAUAAGGGUAUUGCAGAACAAUUGGCUCCACAAAGGAGCCUUGAAAUGUCCACCCUGCAAGGACAUUUGUCAAGCGGAGUUCAAGGCUCGAGGUGAAUGGUGCAAGAAGGGCGAGGAACAUCCUCCGCCGAAUUUUUAUCCCACGGAUAGUCUUAACUGUUCUUUAGCGGCGAGAACGUCCGCCACUGGAAUUGUGCCCGUCUUUGCAAUGCUCGUAAUCUUCCCCGCGGUCUACAGGUGAUGUGUUCUUGGUAUUAGCUCGUUAUGUAUUGUUAUCAAAUGAAGGAUAUAUAUAAAUAGAAUUGACUGCCCCUGAAGGCGGAGGGGCACGAGGAAAGACAUUAUAACUUUUCAAUAACUACCGGAAACAUUGUCUCAACAAUUUAUCGCAUAUAUAGUGUAAAUUAUCGUACACGCACACAAACGAAGAAAAAAUCACUCGGAAGGGGAAAAGAGAAGGAGAAGAGAGGAAAGUAAUUUCACCGUUACGUCCAAUCAUUUUCAAAAAGUGAUUAUUCAGUUCUAUAACGAAUAUAUACACAUAUGUAUAUAAUAUAUAUAUACUAUAUUCCUCGGAAUAUUACUACAUCUUCAUAAAUGUGUAUAUAAAAAUCAGAGCCGAAGAAGAAAAUCUUUUAUCCUUCUCUUACAAGAAUUUUUGUACAUAAUAUUUUUCUGUUUUUCUCAUCACCUGAUUUUGGCCACGUUCAGUUAUCAAUUCUCGUUCGAUCGUCAAUCAAAUUUCUUCAACAUGCGAGCCUCGCUAUUUAUAUUACACGUUUGAUAACACUGCAUAUAGUUAUUCCCAAUUGUUUGAUAUCACGUCAUUUAUACUACUUUACAAUUACAAAAACAAAAAAAAAAAAGGUUACAAAAGUUGCCAUCUAUUAUUAUUAUUAUUAUUGAAUAGUAUGUUUUAUUAAUACUUUGUUCUUUCGAGGAUUUUAGACCGAUGCUACACCAGCGACAAAGUAAAAUACAAGUUUCAACACCUAACAAUUUAUUCCAAGUUCUACCGCAAUAUCGCAGUUAAAAUAUAACGAUCCAAAAAAAUCCUAAACUGAUUCAUAUAAUAAAUAAAUUUUUCUACAAGCAGCUAUAAAUUAAAGUUUUUCAUGACCUAUGUGAACCUGGCACCCAACUUUGAAAAAAAAUUGUCGGAAACUGAUAUCGAUUGUACUCUGUUUGUACUCGCCUGUACCACUUUAUUUUCGUUUGCACCUCGAAUCGAAAAAAGAUACGACAUUUUCAAAAAAUGAUCUUCACCCCACUUUUGAAAAUUUGGUUAUUUCCAACAGGAACCGCUUCAGUACCGUUUGUACCCGUUUGUACCACUUUUUUUACGUUUGUACUUCGACCUAAAAAAAGAUAAAGACGUUUUUUCAUUUUUAUAAAAGCUAACUGUUCUGUACCAAUCGCACUUUUACAUUAUCAUACGCAUCCAUUAUUUUCUUACCACGGGCGUACUGGAUGCGCAAAUAUUAUUACAUUUUUGUUUUGAGUUAUGCAAUCUUAUAAUUAUUAGCUGUCAGUGUGACAAUCCCACUUUGACGUAACCAUACUCAGACUAUUUUAUCACGAUGGCUGUUCACAAUAAUAAAAGAAGAAGAUAGAUUGUAUUGUAACCUAAUUAACAUAAUACAGGUUUUGAAUCGAGUAAAAAUAUUUAAAAACUUGGGUUUACUAAAAAUCAAAAUCGCACUCUUUCUUCUUCUGUGUCUAAGUACAAACGAAAAAAGGCAGUACAAACGGGUACGAACGACUCCGAAGCGGUUCCCAUUAGCAGAGUUCGAUUAUCUUUGAAAAGAGAAGAGUUAGGUCUUCUGAAAAUCAAAAAACGACUGUAUUUUCGUUUGGGUCAAGGUACAAACGAAAAGAAGGUGGUACAAACUGGUAGAAACUAUUCUAAAGCGGUUCCCGUUGGAAAAAACCAAAUUUUCAAAAUUAGGGUGCCGGUCAUUGUUUUAAACUGCCAUAUCUUUUUUCUAUUUGAGGUGCAAGCGAAGAAAAGUGGUACAAUUGAGAACAAACGAAGUACAAUCGAUAUCAGUUUUCUAAAUUUUUUUUUCCAAAGUCGGGUGCUAGGUUCAACAUAGGAUUUUUCAUGUAGAAGCCGUAACUAUUUCUUGUUCGUGUUACAAAGAAAAAAAAAAGAACAAGGAAACAAGUGAUAUUAUCAGCGUGGAAAAUCGACGCUCAAUGUCAUAAAAUAAAUAUAUAAAUUGCGGGUGUAAGUUGAGGUGCUCUAGGUUAAUAAAUUCAUAUCAAUUAGAUCGCAGCUUUUGCAUUGUUCUAAAAUUCUCCAAUGUAACUCCUUGAGUUACACUAAUAUUAUGUGAUAUAGCAUAUCAAUCGGAUGUUAAUGAAAAUAUGAAAAAAAGAGAAAAGAAAUGAGAGAAGAUAAAGGAAAACACAAAGUAAUUACACAUAUUAUGAAAAUGCAACGAAUCCACUUUCGUAAUCAGUUUGGACUUAUUUGAAGGCAGCUGUCUGGAAUGUUAUUAUAUUUUCAGUCUUAUACCCAGGUAUAUAUGCGAAGUGUAAGAUAUGAGAGGAGUUUGUAAAUAGAUUGUAAUGAUAAAUAUCGUUCUUAUUAUGUUUGUCGCUUAUAGUAUUAAGGAACGGAUAUGUGCGUGUAUACCAUACAUGGAACGUUCACUUAUUCCGAUCACUAUUACCACAUUGAUAGAUAUUUCCGCGAGGGUAGAAAUAAUUUUUUAUCUAAACGUAUGUACGUUCAAAUUGUUACGUCUAUAAUCUAAUAAACCAAACAUUUGUACGGGAUGAGCCGAUUUUACAAUGAAAAACUAUAAUACGUUUAGAAAUUGUCAGAAACGUUUUCAUAUAAUUGCCUCAAGAAUUUUAUCUGAUCAUCCUGUAUAAGCUACUCUAGCACUUUAGAUAAAUCUAACGGAGAACUGUAACGGUUUUGUAAAAUGCAAAGAUGUUACGACCGGAAUCUCUUUUACCUACAAAUUUAAAAGCGUCACAGUUUUCCUACUUUCUUCUAGGCUAUUGCUAAAAAUGUCUUCAUCGUUCUACACAAUACGUAUUAUAAUAUAGCGGACAUGUAUUGAUUGUCAAAUUCGUAUUUUAGUAAAAUGUCAAGGUUGUGAGGACACUCGCGAGUGGUAUAUACGUGUAACGACCGCAAAGUCCCAGCCCAAGUCCUACAAAUGUGCAAAAAUCAUUGAUCGAUUGCCCCCGCAGGAUUAGCCAUAGAAGAUAUUCAAAACAUCAAAUGAAAACAGUAGCAUUUUUGAAGGAUGUACAUAGGGAUAAAGAAAACCUUAAAUAUUAUUACGUAUUGCGUUGUUAGUUUUUAUCACUAAUUUUGCAUUUCAUACUUUUAUUUCAUCAUUCCUCCGAUGAAACUCCAUUUAUUGAUUCUCAAUUUCAUUUUCACCUCAUUACUCGAUGAAAAUCAUUUUUCCGAUGCUUCGUAGGGAAGUUGUUAAUUUUUUUUCAUCAUCAGUUAAUCAGUAGCUGAUUUGUUAUUUUUAUUUUGAAAUGUCUAGGGCGUGAAUAUUCACUGUACCAUGUAUAAUAGAUGUAUCGAUAUACAUGCCCUAUAUUACGGUAUGUGCGUAUGGUAAUAUGGAUGAUGGUGGUAUAUCUAGUGAGUGUAAAAGCAGUAAAAUAACUGAUAUAUGACGACUCUGUUUAUUCGAACUGUAAAAAGAUUUGAGAGUUUCUAUGUAACAUAGGUUUUACUAAUAAUAUCGAACGAGUGUUAAUCGUUGAUGAAAGGUCUAAAUCCAAGUGACGUGGAAGUUAUGAAUUAAUUAUCAAAGCGGAAUUAUGUCGGUUUUAUUUUUCGAUUCUCAUUAAAUAUAAACUAAUUCACAGUUUUCCUCGUUACCGAAUAAACCUUAAUAUUAAUAGAUAUAAAGUUGAUUAAUUGUAAUGAAUAACUGACCAACAAUUAAUAUAUCAAUUAUCAACGUAUCAAGAACCCAACGUGCAUUGUAACGUGUACAGUAAUCCGGGAUAUACGUUAUUACACUUGCAUGACAUGCUAUCGAUAAUUUUCCGACAACACGUGCCAUUUUUCUAUAUUUCAGAAACAAUAACUUUGGUAGUGGCAAACUAAGAUUUCAUCGAAGUCUUAUUUGUACCUAUACCACACAUAUUAUACGCAUAACGUAAUGUAUAAUCGUUUCGUUCAAUUAUUGUUACAGUGUGUCUGAGGAUAGAGUUUAAUCUGUAAUAGAUAUAUUAUAUAUUAUAUGAUAAUAAUAACUAUUGUAUAAUUCAUGACGGAUAAUGAUAAUUUAUUCGGUAUUCCUGAUGCCGAAAUAUGUUAUUACUGUGGAAGCAUUCCCGUAAAUCUUAUGACAUACAAUAAUUCAUAACGUGUACAUUCGAUAAACCAACUAUUAUAAUUUUUUUUUACUGAAUGUAGCUAUAACGCUUAUUGAACGGAAGAAAAAUUAAUAAUAAUACCAACAAUGAAGUAUUUUUAUGAUAAUCUUGAAUAAACGAGUUGUAAUUCGAAAGAAA